UUUCUUCAACUGCAGAAAAAGUUGUCUACCUUGUGGUUUUUCAUCUGUCAUUUGUCAUGUUUGUAUGGUCCUAUUGGAAGACAAUUUUCACAUCUCCUGCAUCCCCCUCUAAUGAGUUUUGCUUGUCAAAAGCUGAUAAAGAACAAUAUGAAAAAGAAGAGAGACCAGAAUCCCAACAGGAGAUUUUGAGAAGAGCUGCUAAAGACUUGCCUAUCUAUACGACAACAGCAUCGAGAGCAAUCAGAUACUGUGAUCGAUGCCAGCUAAUCAAACCUGACCGCUGCCACCACUGUUCUGCAUGUGACAUAUGUGUAUUAAAAAUGGACCACCACUGUCCAUGGGUGAAUAAUUGUGUGGGAUUUUCUAACUACAAAUUCUUCCUCCUGUUUUUAAUGUAUUCCUUACUGUACUGUCUGUUUGUUGCUGCUACAGUCUUGCAGUACUUCAUAAAGUUUUGGACAAAUGAAUUGCCAGAUACCCAUGCAAAAUUCCAUGUACUAUUCCUUUUCUUCGUGGCAGCCAUGUUCUUCAUCAGCAUACUGUCCCUCUUCAGCUACCACUGCUGGCUAGUUGGCAAAAACAGAUCAACCAUAGAAACAUUCCGUGCACCCACAUUUCGAAAUGGCCCUGAUAAAAAUGGCUUUUCUCUUGGAUGCAGCAAAAAUCUGAGGGAGGUUUUCGGAGAUGAAAAGAAGUAUUGGCUACUCCCUAUCUUUACCAGUUUGGGCGACGGGUGUAAUUUUCCAACUCGUUUGGUGAUUAUGGAUCCAGAGCAACUUACUGUCUCAAGCCAAAAUGAACCUGCCAAAAGCUCUGGAGCCAAUCAGCCCUUUCCUACUCGACCACUCAGUGAAUCACAAAAUCGGUUGCUAGCCAGUGACAGUCAGUGGGUGGAAAGUGGCCCCGAAGAGGAAAAUGUUAAAUCAGGUGCAAAAAAGCAUAUUAUAGUUUCAUUGGAAAGCUGAUCUCAGCUUAUUACUAACCAGCCAUCUCAAUGAGAAACAGGUUUCUGCAACACAUUUUGUGCUUGACUAUUAUUUAAUUUUGUUUGGAAGAAGUUGAUCAAUA